AUGGCAGUGAAUCGGGCAGACAAAGAUGCAGCGCCUAGCUCCCCAGCUGGUAAAACGAUCGCCUCAUGGAUUGCUCAACUAGAUUUUCCAAAAGCGAUCUUUGGGUCCUAUAACAAGCAGCCAUCACUUGUUCAGCAGUCUACUGACAACCUAAAGCCACAACCAAUCAUCAACGAUGCAUACUACAAUUAUUCUUUCCCCUCUAAUCUUACUGACCCACUCUACAUCAACCAAACCGUGCCCAACAAGGUGAAUUUCCCGUUACAUUAUCCUAUCCCGGAGAACACAGACCCUACAAAAGCAUUUUACCAGUCCAUCGAUACAGCAGUCCUUGUCAUCAAUGGAUCUGCUGGCAUCGGAGGAAACUGUUCAAGAUGUGUGAGCGUGAUCACCGCCGCUCAAACUGUUGCUCGCCUUGCGCCCGGCAACUUCUCUGAUGCAUUGAUCAGACUAUGCCAGGCCGUCAAGUUUAAGCCUGAUGCGGAUUGUGAACAAGAUUAUGCCACAGAUAAACCUGAACCUGCAAUGUGGGCACAAGUUUUACAGGGGGCUGAUGUUUUGGGAAAUGACGGCAAAUUCAUUUGCAAUAGUAUGUUCGGUCAAAGUUGGUGUGAAAAGCCCAAGCCCCAGCAGGGUACUCUCAACUUCGACACAGAUAAACCUCCAAAUGCUACGGCCCCACGGUCAAAUGGGCAGCGAGUAAAGGUUCUGCACAUUUCAGAUAUCCAUCUUGACCCUCGCUAUACUGUUGGUGCAGAAGCAGUUGACUGCCCUUCAGCAGGUUGUUGUCGUACGGACCCGAAGAACCAAACCAGCAUCAAGAACCCUGCACCGUUCAGUGGUCACCCCAAUUGUGACACUCCGCUAUCUCUCUUGGCAUCGGCGUUGUCUUCAGUUGCACCUCUUAGCGGGAAGGACACCACAGGAAAGGGUGAUAUAGACUGGGCCAUUUUCACGGGUGAUCUAAUGCCUCGAGAGAGCGCGAAGUACCGAAAUGACAAGUACCUCGCAUAUGUUCAGUCCGCAGUGUAUCAGGUGAUGAAAUAUUUCAUACCUCAAAACCCGGUGUUUCCCGUUCUGGGCGCCCUUGAUGCUUUCAAUGGUGAUAUGCAGCAAUCGCAAGUAAACAAUUACGGCCAUAUGAAGCGUAUAAUUGAUGCAUAUAACUGGCUGUCCAUAGAAGAGAGCGCUUCAAUUGGACCUCAUCGCAUGGGUUAUACUGCUAAGCACCCUAAAUAUCCGCAGCUACGAAUCAUUGCUCUCAACACAAACUUCUGGGCAUUGCAAAAUUAUUACACUUAUGUCAAUACAACGAACCCACGUGAUUCGAUCAUCCUUUCUGACUUGAUAGGCUGGCUUAUACAGGCUGAAAAGGCCCAGGAACGUGUUUGGAUUGUUGGACAUGUUCCACCCUUUGCUGAACAAACCCUUCCAGAUCACUCAGAAGCUUUCUACCAAGUCAUAGAACGUUUCUCGCCUCAUGUCAUUGCGGGGAUCUUCUUCGGCCAUCUGCAUACAGAUUCUGUCAAUAUCUUCUACAAGGCUGGUGGCAAAGACGUUGCCAAAGAGGAUAAUGUGGCGGUGGUUUCUUGGCUUGGCCCAUCUCUAUCUCCAAAAAGUGGGCAUCCCUCAUACAAAGUCUACGAGGUCGAUACCGGAGAUUUCAGGGUCUACGAAUCUCGAACCUAUUACACGAAUAGCUCGAAUCUAUCUAAUGCCCCCCGGUCUCAAGCAAAUACGGCCACGAACAAUAAUGGACAAAACGGGAGUGCCAACGGUCUAGUGUGGGAGCUUGGCUGCGAUGCCAGAGAAGCAUAUGGGAAGGCUAUCAAUUGGCCGUCUAACAGUCCGCUUAACGCAGCCUUCUGGCACAGGGUGGGGACUACAAUGUUGCAAGCGACCUCGUCUGACGGGACCAACUUGGCGGCAAUAUAUCGCAUGUUCAGGUCAACAAGUAUAGAUGGGAAAGGAGUAACAGGACCAUGCGAUGCAGCUUGCGUAAAUACCACAGUAUGUCGUAUGCGAUCAGCCAAAGAAUCUCUAUGGGAGCAAUGUGGCAGUGAUGAAACUCGAAAAGAAUGGAAAGGAAACAGUACAUCUGUUUCUACGCAGACUUCUGCAUCGUCUAACGGUAAUUUGAGUAUCACUUCUGUGGCACCUACCAAGCGAAAUGUGGAAUCGAGCGGAGAUCACGAAAACGAUAUCUAUAUUGACUACGACAAUGCUGCCAAUGAAGAGCAACAACCCAGUGAGCCCAACUUGCACAAAAGAUGGAGAUCCAAAUUCUGGUCAAAGGUAGCCGCUGCUGCAGCCCAAAAUUCCCAAGACCAGGGUCAGUCUCCCCGAACCGCUACAUCAGACCAUGUCAAUUACACGAAAGCUAUUACAGGAACUUCGACAACGACUAUGACCGUCUCGAUGCAGGGCGGAUCUAGCUCGAUUGCAAAACGGACAGCGAAGCCAGGACUUGAUGGACCCCACUCAUUUCCCGCUGGGCUGGACGCUCGUUCUGCUGAGCCUGAGCCAACCGCUAAUCCGGAUGACAAAAAGUAUACAGAGAACAUCCUUCCAGCAGAGCAGACUAGUCUAACCAACUGGGGUUCUGGUCCCCUUUCAGAAGCAUACAGUGCGAGAGGAGGGCUCACAUCCACUGGUGUCCAGCUGCUAAAUAUGGUCAUAUCUGCACAAAGCGCAAAGACUUCAUACACUAUCAUUCGCCCAAAUGAGGCCACUGCCCGUGCUAGACUAGGUCGCGAUUUGUUACAAGAAUCUCAAGACCCCAUGGAGGCGGCCGCUCCUGCUAUUGUUGACGACAAUGGAUCUCCCUCGGGAAACUAUGGAGCACAUGAUCAGGAGGGACAAACCCUCAUUGACAAUGUUCAGAUCCCCGACCAGCCACAUCAGAGGAGAGAAAUGACUCUUGCUAAUUCUCCAGACGCCACAACCACUGCUGCAUCAAACAGUCACACCGGUGGGGCUUCAGAAGCUACAAACCCGCCUUGGGACUUUCCAAUCUAUCGGCCUGACGAAGUUCCGAAUGGCCAGAUCUUGCAGCGAAGGUCAUUAGUUGGCGGAGACGGUGGAGCCAUGGCCACGACUACACAAAGAAUACCUCCUUCUGUGGGCCAGGCUUAUGAACCUGAAAAUCCAUCAGCGGAUAUUGACGUAUCAGAGGUUUCAGGAUGCAUGGAGAAUGGGGAUGGGGUAGAUUGCGAGUCAAUCGAUAAGAGAAGCGCAAUGCCGGACCCAAAGGAGACUAAUUUUCUUGAUCUAGCCAUCCAAAGGGAUCGGAUCAAAUCUGCCAAAUCGACCUGGAAGCCCUGGACAACGAAUACCCAAGUCGAGGAAGCUACAUGGAUUGCGCCAUGGGAAUCUGGGUAUGAUGGAGGGUUCAAGAAGAGAACUGCUGCGCCAGACCCAUCCGCUCUACCGGAGCCCGACCCCGGCAAGAAGCUCCUUGAUCUCUGGUCGUCGAAGUUAAGCUCGUUGUCAGCAAGAUCAGCAGCUGAGGCCGUAGCCGCCGGACCCGCUCACGCAAAGCGAUCUGCAGAGCCUGAACCUGAACCCGAACCCGAGCCGGGGAACAAGCUCUUCGAUCUGUGGGCGUCGAGAAUGAGCACGCAUUCCGCAAAAUUAGCGGCGGAAGCCACAGACCCCCCUCACGCAAAGCGAUCUGCUGAGCCUGAACCUGAACCUGGGAACCAACCCAUCAAUUUCUCGGAGUUCAGGAAGACCGCAGCACCCCCAAAAACGACAAUUACAGGCGUUGGCGAAUGUAAUUUCCUCCACAGGAAGGGGUAG